ACCAGUUGCAAAAUAAUUGUGUGCUUCUUGUGUCACAGUGUGCGUCGGUCCUGGUCGGCUCAUGAACAAACGCUGUCAAAUUAAACGUGCGUAUGAACCGUCACCGUCGUGUCUUUACAUAACCGGACUGUGUCUUCGAGUGUUUCUCGCUGGUCCCGCACCACCGAGCUUCUCUGAGCAGCGCAGCUAGCCGGCUAGCAGCGCCGGUGUUAGCUCGAAUCAGCAGCGGGGAACGCUCACAGCACUGACGGCCUGAGCGAGGGAUGAACCACAAGAGCAAGAAGAGAAUCAAAGAAGCUAAACGGAGCGCCAGACCCGAGUUAAAGGACACAUUAGACUGGACGAAACACGGAUACCAUGAGGCAUUCGACCUGUCGCACCACACCGUCAAGGACAAUGUGGAGCGAGUCGACGCCCUCAAGAUGAGUCCAGACGAGUUCAUUCGGCGCUUUGAGCGGCCCUACAAGCCUGUGGUUCUGCUUGGCUGCCAGGAGUCGUGGCCUGCCCGUGACAAGUGGACUCUGGAACGUCUCAAGCGAAAGUACCGCAACCAGAAGUUCAAGUGCGGCGAAGACAAUGACGGUUACUCUGUGAAAAUGAAGAUGAAGUACUACGUGGAGUACCUGGAGACCACCCGCGACGACAGCCCGCUCUACAUCUUUGACAGCAGCUAUGGUGAGCACGCCAAGCGCCGCAAGUUGCUGGAGGACUACCAAGUGCCAGUAUUCUUUACGGACGACCUGUUUCAGUUUGCCGGAGAGAAGCGACGACCUCCUUACAGGUGGUUUGUUAUGGGUCCUCCUCGGUCAGGAACUGGCAUUCACAUCGACCCACUUGGCACCAGUGCUUGGAACGCUCUGGUCCAGGGUCACAAGAGGUGGUGCCUGUUCCCCACCAACACCCCGCGAGAGCUGAUCAAAGUCACCCGUGAGGACGGAGGGAACCAGCAAGACGAGGCCAUCACCUGGUUCAACGUGGUCUAUCCUCGGACCCAGCAAACUGGCUGGCCCCCUGAGUUCAGACCACUUGAGAUCCUGCAGAAGCCUGGAGAGACCGUGUUUGUUCCAGGUGGAUGGUGGCACGUAGUGCUGAACCUGGACACAACCAUCGCCGUCACGCAAAACUUUGCCAGCACCACCAACUUUCCCAUCGUGUGGCACAAGACUGUCCGCGGUCGACCCAAACUGUCUCGGAAGUGGUACCGGGUCCUGAAGCAGGAACGUCCGGACCUGGCAGCCCUGGCUGACAAAGUGGACCUGCAGGAGUCAACCGGGAUUGCGUCUGACAGUUCAAGUGACUCUUCAUCAUCGUCUUCCUCCAGCUCAUCUGACUCUGACUCGGAUGAGGAGUCCAGCUCGGAGGCCGACACCAUGAGCCACAGAAGGAAGAAGAGACGUACCUGCAGCAUGUCGGCUAACGGAGACACCCGCGGGCCGGACGACUGCGUCAGCAAGGAGCGCAGCUCUUCGCGGUGACCUCGCGCCCCGAUGAGCAGCUCCAGGAACACACGCAGGCCUUUCACCACUGUGCUUUGUGUGUGUGCGUACCUGCGUGUAUGCACCGCGGAAGAAAAUUACAGCUUUCGUAACCCCAACCUUUUAUCGUGUCUUCGGGCUCCUGAGGUUUCUCCAGUGUGUUUAAUCAGAGCGUGUUGCUGAUGAUCCUGCAGAAGUUGUUGCUUCAGUUUGUGGUUCUGUAAAUCUAAGUGCCUCCGACGUGUGCGCAUCCACGGCCAAAUCCCACUGAUCUUUU